GUAGUGGUUCUAACAGCGGCGGGGGCAACAGUAACAAUAAUUAUAACAACAACAACAACAACAACAACAACAACAACAACAACAACAACAACGACAACACCAAGAACGAUAACAGUGGCAUCUGUAAGUUUGGAUGAGACGUCAUCAUAGAUUAGUUAAUUAAUAGUUAUAACGGCAUUGGUAAAGAGGGUGGACGAGAAUGACGUUUUCAAUAUUGAGAAUAUUUUUUUCAAAGUGUUUGAAACAUAAAAAUUUAAAACAACCUGCAGUUAAUUACUAUAACAACCCUAAAUCUUACCCUGCGCCCAACACUAACCCUAACAUAAACCCUAAACUAAUGCGAAAUCCGAGUUUAAAUUUUCCUCGAUCUUUUAAACCUCUCUGUCGUCCAUCCCUCUUUUCAAGAAUUUUCCUGUAUCUUUUAAACUUCUCUGUCGUCCAUCCCUCUUUUCAAAAAAGUCAAUUAUUAUCGGAAAUUGAUCACCAAAUAUACAACCUUCCUAACCUGCGCACUUUCUUUCUGUCUUGCAAAGAUAGAAGCGGGUGUUGAUAGACUCGCAACCGAAGUUUAUUUGUGGUGUGUUUUAGCAGUUUGUCAACCUUAUUUUGGUAAUCAAAGAAUUUAGUAACAUACACCGCCGAUCGCAUGCAUAAUUCGCAACACUUUUACGCCUUUUACCUCUAAGAUCGUGGGUUCGAUUCUUGCUAAGGACUGAUAUGAAAUUCAACUAUUGUAUGAAACUUGCUGUGUUGGCUGCCUCGUACACAGGCGUCUUUUCGUAAAAAAGCAGUGAUGCGCAUUUGACGAGUUUACAUGAAGUAUUGUAGUGGGGAGAGAUGGGCGAAGGGGCUGAUGGGAAGAGUGGUCUUGAACUGCAAGACGCCUGGCAGUUCUUGGUCGAUUUCUUGCAAGACAGUCGAUUUCUUGCAAGUUGUGAUAUGUCGUUGUCGUUUACGAUUUUUUGCUACUUGUUUUUGUUGAAUAGACUAAUAUUAAUAUUCUUCUGUCAUCUGGGCGUGAAUUCAUGCUGUUAUUCUUGGUAUAUAUGACAUAUAUGCCUUCUUUCAGUAAAGUUCAUGGAAAUUCCAAUCUUAACAUGUCAACAACCGAAGCGUUGAAGAACUAGACUUGCAGGAACUAGAUUUGUAAGCUAUAACUAUAUAAAGAUACAAACUAUGAAAUUGCACUGUUGUAAUAAAUAUUUCAAACUUUACGGCUGUGAGCUUUUAUUUACUUGGGCUUUUGUUUACAGUAUACAUUUAAUAGAAAUUGCCAUUGGCAUUGUGAUCGACUGAUCGAGCCUUCAGCUAAACAAGUUAUUAAUACAAAAGCAAUUAUAUGACUUUCUAAUCAUUUCUCUGUUACUGUUUUAUACUAAGCAACUGAUACCAUUCAAUUAUUCUCCAUGUAAUAUCGAAUGACAUAUUCGAAAUAUUCGCACGGUUAACUUGACAUGUAAUUUACUUAUAAUUUUUUGCGCAUUUUGCAUGUCAUCAAACAUCUACAAAUUUAUUAUUAUUUGCCAAUGGCGUUCAAUUCGACUCUUCGUCAGAAAGUAAGGUUAUACACAGACAGUAUAUGACGAUAUGGUAACGUUUUGUAUUGAAUUCCAUGUUAUCCCGCCAUGACAGCAUGCAAGAACUGCCGCCAGGCGCUCCCCAGCACGCAUCCUUCCCAACAGCCCCUUCGCGCGUCACCUGCCUUCCUGAAUACUUCAUGUAUUAUGAUUAUUAAAAGCGCCUGGGUACGAGGCAGCUGUGUUGAUGUAAUGUACUCAAGUGAAUAAGAUGUUUUGCGAUGUUACUCUGAGUGUAUAUGCACACCGGGCAGGCUUGAAAAAUAUGCCUGGCCAAGGUGCGAUUCGAACUACGACCUUUGGAAUACUAGCCCAAUGCUCUGCCAACUGAGCUACGCGGUCAGGUCGGUUCGUGUAUACGAUAGUUCGGAACUGAGUCUAGUUCCUUCGAUAUCAGUGUAAUCUAAUAAUCGUGAAAUUUGUUGUGUUGGUGUAAUGUACUCAGGUGAAUAAGAUGUUUGUGUGAUGUUACUCUGAGUGUAUAUCCACACAGGGCAGGCUUGAAAAAUAUGCCUGGACACGGUGGGAUUCGAACCUACGACUUUUGGAAUACUAGUCCAAUGCUCUGCCUAACAUCACACAAACAUCUUAUUCACCUGAGUACAUUACACCAACACAGCAAAUUCCAUGAUUAUUAGAUUACACUGAUAUCGAAGGAACUAGACUCAGUUCCGAAAUAUCGCAUACACGAACCGACUGACCGCGUAGCUCAGUUGGUAGAGCAUUGGGCUAAUAUUCCAAAGGUCGCAGGUUCGAAUCCCACCGUGACCAGGCAUAUUUUUCAAGCCUGCCCGGUGUGGAUAUACACGCAGGGUAACAUCACACAAACAAAAUAUUAUAUGGUUAGGUUUGCCCUAGAAUAUUGAAGCUGCUAUUUAUGUAAAUUUUAACAAAAUCUGUAUCCGAUUUACAUAUUGAUUAAACGCUGAAUUUCCUUCAUACAAAAAUUACUAUUUUAAAUAAAUUUAGCCCCCAAAUUCCUUUUGUUGUGAAGCAUGUUUUACCUUUGGUAAUUGGUGGUGAUUAACACUUCCAUUAUUCUUAUUUAUAGCAUUUGGUCUGAAGAUUGGCAUUGGUGCUGGUGGCGGUGGAAGUGGCCUUUUUAUCUUGUUUGUCUUUAUUAUUGCUGCUGUCGUGGUAAUUGAUGUUGUAAUUGACUAUGUUUAUGACAACUACCAUUGCAUGGUUUUCUUUACAAUGUGCUUGUAA